AUGGCUGUGCAGGGAUCCCAGAGAAGACUCCUGGGCUCCCUCAACUCCACCCCCACAGCCAUCCCCCAGCUGGGGCUGGCUGCCAACCAGACAGGAGCCCGGUGCCUGGAGGUGUCCAUCCCUGACGGGCUCUUCCUCAGCCUGGGGCUGGUGAGCUUGGUGGAGAACAUGCUGGUGGUGGCCACCAUCGCCAAGAACCGGAACCUGCACUCACCCAUGUACUGCUUCAUCUGCUGCCUGGCCCUGUCGGACCUGCUGGUGAGUGGGAGCAACGUGCUGGAGACGGCCGUCAUCCUCCUGCUGGAGGCCGGUGCACUGGUGGCCCGGGCUGCGGUGCUGCAGCAGGUGGACAAUGUCAUUGACGUGAUCACCUGCAGCUCCAUGCUGUCCAGCCUCUGCUUCCUGGGCGCCAUCGCCGUGGACCGCUACAUCUCCAUCUUCUACGCACUGCGCUACCACAGCAUCGUGACCCUGCCGCGGGCGCGGCGAGCCAUCGCGGCCAUCUGGGUGGCCAGUGUCCUCUUCAGCACGCUCUUCAUCGCCUACUGCGACCACACGGCCGUCCUGCUGUGCCUCGUGGUCUUCUUCCUGGCUGUGCUGGUGCUCAUGGCGGUGCUGUACGUCCACAUGCUGGCCCGGGCCUGCCAGCACGCCCAGGGCAUCGCCCGCCUCCACAAGAGGCAGCGCCCGGUCCACCAGGGCUUUGGCCUUAAAGGCGCUGUCACCCUCACCAUCCUGCUGGGCAUUUUCUUCCUCUGCUGGGGCCCCUUCUUCCUGCAUCUCACACUCAUCGUCCUCUGCCCCGAGCACCCCACGUGCGGCUGCAUCUUCAAGAACUUCAACCUCUUUCUCGCCCUCAUCAUCUGCAAUGCCAUCAUCGACCCCCUCAUCUACGCCUUCCACAGCCAGGAGCUCCGCAGGACGCUCAAGGAGGUGCUGACGUGCUCCUGGUGA